UGCACGUGCACGAGAUGUCCUUGUUGUAGCAACUUCGAACAUGGCGGACAAGUAAAAGAAUUGAAAUUUUCGGAAUAAGUUUUAUUUCAUUGCAAAGGACUUCAGCAAAAUGACAGACAUUACAGAAACCAUUACCCGCUUCAAAGCAGUCUGUGCUGAGUUGAACUGCAAACCAUGUCCGUACAUCAAUAGAGUACUGGAAAAAGAAAAAUUGGAUGCUGAGGAACACAGGGAGAUGGAGGGGGAUUACAAGGACAGCAUGCACAUGAGCCUGGCUGGAAACAACCACCUGAUGACCAACACCAGGAUCAAUGACCAGGACGUCCAGGUGCUGUACAAGACCCUCUAUAACAACAUGUACGUCACCUCCAUAGACCUCAGGUACAACCACAUCACAGACGAGGGGGCAAAGGCCAUUGGGAAAUUAUUAGAGGAAACUCCUCUCCUUCGUGAACUAAAUCUGAUGUGUAAUGAGAUAGGUGAGGCGGGGGCAGAGGCCAUAGCCAGAGCACUGCAGAUCAACGAAAGCCUGGUGUUCCUCAGAAUGAAUGGUAACAAGAUAGGUAACAAGGGCGGCAUGUAUUUUGCACAAAUGUUACAAGUCAAUAUGAACCUGGAGCAGCUGGAUGUUGGAGACUGUGAUUUGGAGCAGGAAAGCGUAAUAGCCUUAGGCACAGUUCUCACUCAGAACCAAACUCUGCGAGCCCUCAAUGUGAACAGGCCUAUCCUUUUUUCUCACCAAGAAGAAUGCACGGUUCAUAUGGCCAAAACACUGAAGGUGAACAGAACUCUCAGAGAGAUCCAUAUGCAGAAGUAUGACAUGAGAGACUUUGGUGCCACACGACUGGCAGAGAACCUCAUGGGCAACUAUACUCUACGAUAUCUGGACUUGAGUUGUAAUCGUAUUACAAGAGAUGGAACCUUUGAGCUGGCUAAGUUCCUAAAGAUGAACACACCUCUAGAGAUCCUGGACCUUGGCUACAACAGGCUAGAAGAUGAUGGGGCAAUUCACUUGGCAGAUGCACUAACCACCUUCAACACAAAUUUACAAACACUGGUGAUCUGCUAUAAUAACAUCAGCAGUAAAGGGUUAUGUGCCAUAGCAGACUGUAUGAAGUUUAACAUGGGGCUCCAGGCUGUUUAUAUCUGGGGAAAUAACUUGGAGGAACCUGCAGCCAUUGCUUUUUCUGGUUUGCUUCAAACAGAACGUCUCCUUCCGAAGAACACAGACGUGCGACCAUACGUCGUAGACGGCAUCACAAUACUUUCUCAACUGAACCAUCACAUUAGGCGGCAUUAUUACUGGAAACCUAGCUAUGGGGAUGAUGUCCCUCCACCCAAAACAUAAACACUCCUGUGCACAAGGGUGAUACUGUGACUUCAGUGUUUUUUUUAGCUAUUAAUAUGGAGAAAUAAGAUAUUUCGUCUACUUCACUAACUUUAU